AUGGACUCCUCUCCUGCACGCGAGAAGGACAGGGAGAAAAUAUCCGCCUCAUCGCCAAAGUCUCCUAAGCAGAAGCGCUCCGGCGCGCGUGAAAGCACCGCCAACCCACCUCCGCCUCUUGACUGGCCAGAAAUAGACUGGCCGGAAAUAUUCUGGCUGGGUAAGGAAGCCCAAUCCAAAAGCGCCACCGAGAGAGCGCACAUUGCCAGACAAUUUCAUAGUGAACCCAUUCACUGGACGUUUAACCUGGACAAGCCUCAACAAGAGCAUAGUCAGGACGCCCAAACCACGGACCCCUCUCCUUCAGACAAAAAUGACAAGGAGAAGAAUUCCCUCUACCUGGCUAAGACUCCUAAGAGAAAGCGAUCCGGCGCGCGUGAGAGCACUGCCGACCUUAAUCCGCCUAUUCUUUGGAAGUCCUACGAGCAAAUGCUCGAAGAAGGGCAGAAUCACGACGCUCAACUCCACACUCACGACGCCCAGGCCAAUACUCGCGACGCCCAACCCGACACUGACGAUCUCAGCCUCUCCUCUGGCGAGGAUCUCGACAAGGUCGAUAUCUUCGUGACUCAAUACCCGCCUGUGCUUCCUAUCGCUGGUGCUCCGGUAAGUACGACUCGUUUAGAUGUCGACACUUACCUCCUGAUCCUGUUGGUCACCACUCACGAGUACCUUCAGAACGGCCCUCCCUUCCCCCUGACCCAGAUCCAGCAGAACCUGAUCUUCCUCAGACUCCCCUUCCGCAGUCUGCCAUUUCCCAGGGACGAACCACUCCGUCGACAACACCGCAGCGUUCGCCGACCCGCAGCUUGA